UCUUUACCAGCCGACUAAGCAAGCUUCUCAAGAGGCCAUUCGACGAAAAUUUCCCCAAGACACAGAGAGAGAAAGAGAGAGAGAGAGACAGUAGUGUAGUCGGAGUGACAUGUCAUCGUCGUUCGCCGCCAGCUCUUCCGCCGUGACUCCGCCGUUCGACGACGACGACGACGGCGGCUACGAGCGGUUCGAUUCCUCCAACUUCGCCGACGGCGAGUCGGCGGAGGAACCGUCCAACUUCUCCUCCUACGUCGCCGCGGCAGAUGAUGACGUGUUCUCACCGGAACUGAAUGGAAAUAGUGGCUAUGUGGCGUCGGACGGCCCGAUUCUUCCGCCGCCGGCGGAUAUGGAGCCGGAGGAAGGGUUGGCACUGAGGGAGUGGCGCAGAUUGAAUGUGAUUCGAUUGGAAGAGAAGGAAAAGAGGGAGAAAGAAAUGUUGAGAGAAAUAAUCAGGGAAGCUGAUGAGUACAAAGUCGAGUUCUACAGGAGGCAGAAGCUUACAUGUGAGAACAACAAAGCUUCCAACAGGGAAAAGGAGAAGCUAUUUGUGGAAAGACAAGAGAAGUUCCAUGCAGAAGCUAACAAGACUUGCUGGAAAGCAAUUGCAGAACUCAUCCCAAAUGAAGUGCCAACUAUAGAGAAGAAGGGGAAGAAGGAGAAAGAAAAGCAGCCAUCCAUUGUUGUGAUCCAGGGCCCCAAGCCUGGUAAACCAACCGAUCUUUCAAGGAUGCGUCAUAUACUUGUGAAGCUUAAACACAAUCCACCAUCCCACAUGAAGCCUACACCGCCACUGUUGUCAGAAACCAAGACAGAUGCCAAAACUGGCACUUCACCUCCGGUUGCCGCCUCUCCUUCUAAGCAGGCCUCUGUUCCUGUUCCCGAGGCUUGAGAGUGUAAGUGGUGGCAUGCUACAUUUGAUUCUGUUUGUAAAAAGAAGUUAGCAUAAGCAGAGAUGUUGAGUUUUGUAUUAUAGUGGACCUUGAAUGUGUGGAAGUUUUAGAGAUUUAGGGGCAUUUCUGUAUGUACAAAAGGCAGUCUGUGGCUUGUUUUGAUUUUGUUGGAUUUAUGUCUACUCCAUUGUAAUUUUAAUGUUCUGCUGUUCUUCAUCCCCUUUUCCUUCUACAAUGUUUCUGUCUUGUUGUUUU